AUGGCUACAAGAUGUUGGUUGCUGCUGUGGUUGCUGCUGAUACCAAGCCAAGCUGCCUUGAACGUUGGUGCCUUUGGAAAUGACGAGCUGGUGAAGCGCCUGAGAUCGUCCAUCUUCGUGGAGACUGCCUUUCUGGAAGAGAGACCCGCAGAGAUUAGUUGCUCAUCUUUGGAUGGACCCAGCUGUCUCCAUGCUAUGCUCUCAGAUGGCAACGUGUUGGAUGGUCCUGGAGUGAUUCCAGAACGUCUGCUACAUGAUCUGGGAGUAGGGCCUGGAGAUUUCACAACCGCUGAGCACUGGACGCUGGAAAGUGUCCUCCGCCAGGGGCAGUCAAACCAAGCGGUCGAGUCGGCACCGUUGCUGAUGGGGGAGGAGGCCCGCCAGUACUUAGCCCUUGGUCGGAACAGCACCUCCACAGGACUUCUGCACUUCGCCAGUGCCUCAUUGGACCAGCGCCUACCCUUGACCUUCUCUGAGGGUUUGCCUAAAAACCUGGUGGCCACGUGGGAUGGCCGGUGGAUUGCUCGUGAUUGCAGCUUCGCUGGUCAAUUGGCAAGACUCCCGGCACCCGAAGUGGGUGAUCUGGCUCUCGCGCAGAGCUCUGGAGCCGUUGGACAGCAAGGUCAGCUCUCAGUGUCCGUGGAGCUGGCAGGCUCUUUGGGAUAUCUUCGCUUCUCUCGGCCCGUUUCAGUGCGCUCACUCUUCGUGCACUGGGACGUGGAUCCAAGUGCAGCGCGGGCCCUGGUGGCUGGACGACUUGGCCUGGAGACUGCAUGGAGCAGUCAUCUUGAUCCGAAACAGCUCGAGCUUGAGAAAGGAUGGAUUGAUAUCGCCGGAGACCCCUUGGUACAGAUUGAUGAAUUGGUCUUUAUGGCCGCAAAAGGGCUACAGAUUGGUGCAAUUCAAACUGCUAACGCAGAGGACAUGGAAGAUGAGGAGCGAACAGUGCUGCUGCUACGGCCUGUAAACCAUGCUGAAGACCUGGAUAGUGAGGAUCGGCCAGAAUUUCGCUUUACAUUGCAAAAGCUUCGGGCCGAUGCUGCACCAUUUGUUGCUUCCAUUCAAGAGGUGGUGGAUCACAACCUCCGGCUGCGUAGCAGCUUACCUCCGAGAGCCCUGGGCGGUCCGCGAGGUGACGAUGUGCCCGGCUUGCUCUCGCUGCGAACAGCGCAGGAAAGUAGGGAACUCACAGAGGAGUCCCUGAAUUUUCGAUUGGCUGCACAUCACAAUGGAAAUUUGUUUUCUGGCAUUUACUUGAUAGAUAUGGCUGCACAUGACGCCAAUGAUAUGCUGGCUGGCUUUGCCAGAUUUCCGACAGGUGUCUUACCAGAGGAUUUGCGGCGUCAGUUGGCAAUGGAAGGCCCAGAUCUGGCCGAGACUAUUCGGCAGCACGUGCGUGCGGGUGGCUGGAAGCGCAGCACUCCCACCAGGCUGCCACAUGAGGGUUCAGAGGAAGCAGUCAAGAAGUACAUGACCGCAAAGAAGCAGCAAACUUCCUUUGAUUUGGUGAGUGCUGCAAUGAUAUACAUCUCCCACAAUUCUGGAUUUAAUUGA